AUGAGUAACUUACAUGUUUAUGAUACAUUUAAAAAGUUUAAUCACCAUCAAUCAUAUGUAUAUUUGUAUUUAUUACUGAAAUCCUUUUGUUAUUUGUUAAGAUUUGGUUGUCAAUUAUUUAUUAACUUGGAUAAAAUACAUAAAUCAAAAAUCAUAUUUAAACAAACAAAAAGAAAAGAUGAAUUCAAUUUCAACUCGUGA